AUGCGCCCCGCCGCGCUACUUCUCUCCACUCUCACACUCUUUUCAUACUAUACCCGCGCGCAGGUGCACACCAAUGCCACAUGUUCCAGCGAAUUUGACUGGAUGAACAACUCCAAAGGCCAGAGCCCAUGCCUCAUCACCGCCUGGCUCUGGUCCCCCUGCUUUUUCCCGGAAUCCUUCGUGCCCGCCCUCGCUCCGGGCGGCCUCUACGGAGGCCCGAUAUCUACGUCGGAGUCUAACCUCUGCGAAUGCAAUACAGUUGCGUUUGCCACCAUCGCUGCAUGUGGCAUAUGCCAGGGGCGCGGGGACGGUGUCAUCCCAUGGUCUGCGUACGACAGAUUCUGCACUGACACGGCGGCAGUGUCGAAAUACCCGUUCAACGUUCCCAGUGGGACUGAAAUACCCGCAUGGGCGUUUCAGGAUGUGACGGAGAACAACGCUCUGGACGUCGAUGCGGCGAAGGCGGUCGCUGAGAGCGGUACUUGCGGCAGCGGGAAGUACUACCACCACCACACCUCCUCCAGCGUCUUCCUCUUCGGUGUCCCCAGCAUCCGCUUCCGUGCAGCCGACGAGUCGACCUCCGCAGUCUUCGGCAGAAACUCCCGCCUCUCGGACCACUAG